AUGUCCGCCCCAUGGGAUCUCACGGCUGAAAGCCUAAAGCACCUUCAAAUCUUUGACAGUCAAGAGAACUCGAAGCAGCAUACAGCUUCAACUGGUUACUCGGCAGAGGAAGUCACAACCGCACCUAUCUUCUCUCUCUCUGCCCAUCUUUCACUGAGUGCCACCGCAAGAACUGAUAACAAGAACAACAAAACCAAUAGCAACCAUCCUAUUUUCCCUCAGUAUGGUGUGUUGGGCAGUCAACUGAAGGGCCGCACCGAAAGAGCUAGCCAGGCCGGUCUGAUUUACACCAACAUUUCAGCCCCGUGGUCAGGCUUCAUCUGUGGCAGUCAGGGAAGCGGCAAAAGCCAUAGUUUGUCUUGCAUCCUUGAGAACGCGUUGAUCAAGUCUUCCCCAGCUGGAAAGUUAUCCUCUCCCCUCGCAGGGCUUGUCUUGCAUUACGACAAGUUCACCUCGUUCGCUAGCACUCAGUUGUGUGAGGCCGCAUAUCUGUGCUCCGCCGGAAUCCCAGUCAGAGUACUAGUCUCCCCAACCAACUUCAUGGCAAUGAAGGAGAUGUACCUCAAAAUGCCUGGCGUUCGAGGCAAGACCAAAGUGACAGUCGAGCCCAUGUACCUGCCCAAGAAAGAUUUGAACAUCGCCAUGAUGAAGACCCUGAUGGGCAUGAAUGAUAAAACGAGCCAGCCGCUUUACAUGGAUGUUGUGAUGAAAAUCCUGCGAGAAAUGGCGAUUACGAACCAAGGCCGUACGACUUUCGAUUAUCAGCAAUUCAAGAAAUUGCUCGGCAAGCAGGAUUUCAUAAAGGGACAGGCAGUUCCGCUUUCGAUGCGAUUGGCCGUUCUUGAGUCGUUCCUUGAGAAGGAUAGUCCCAAGAAGGGUGCCAUGCCUGUCGAGAAGAUGUGGAAGUUCGAGAAAGGCACUCUCACCAUAAUUGAUCUCAGCUGUCCUUUUGUGGACCCGGAUGAUGCGUGUGCAUUGUUCAACAUCGCCAUCUCUCUGUUUUUGAAGGAACGCCAGAAUGCAGGCCGGAUUUUCGCUCUUGACGAAGCCCACAAGUUCCUUGGAGCCAAAUCUUCCGAAGCAGCUGAACUGAACGAUACCCUCCUUUCGAUCGUACGCCAGCAGCGCCAUCUGGCCACCCGGGUAAUUAUUGCCACCCAGGAACCGACCGUUUCUCCCCAGUUCCUCGAUCUUUGCAACUUUACCUUGAUUCACCGGUUCAAUUCGCCUGCAUGGUUUCAAGCCAUCAGAUCUCACCUCGCUGGCGCCAGUGGCGAUAAAGUCACAGACGCCCAAGCUUUCGAAAAUGACCUGUUCCGCCGCAUCGUGAACCUGAAAACCGGCCAGGCCCUUCUAUUCUGCCCUACCGGUAUGUUCGUGACGAAGGAAACUGGAGACCGCGUGGCUGAAGGAGGGAAGAAUUGGAAGGAAGGGGGUAAAAACCAAGUGAGUGAGUGGUGGGGUGACUCGGGUGAGGCGGCGAAGCGAGACUGGCCACCACUUUAUUACGAAGACUAUGGUUCGGCUAGCAGUGACGACUUGGAGUUGGAGAGCCUUCUUAGUGAGGACCACCGAGUUGUCAAGCUUGGAGCGAACUUUGUCCAUCUGCAGAUUCGUAACAGAAUCACCGUGGAUGGAGGUCGGAGCAUCAUUGCUCAGUGA